AAUAUCAUAUCUCAUUAGGCGUACUUAAUGAAUUCAGAGAUACUGCCGUGGUUGGUUGAUCAGAAGUUACUUCUUGUGUCAAAGAGAGGCUGCAGUAAAGAUCCAAAGUGCUGUUCGAUACAUCAUAUGCCGUCAGGCAUUUCAUCGUUGUAGACAAGCUGCAAUGAAAAUUCAACCGAUAGUCAGGGGGCAGAUUAGUCGAAAUAGGCUCUUAGGUGCUUCUUCCCUACGUCCAGUCAUCUCCAAUGGUUGUAUUUCAAAGAGCACAGGAGCCUUCUAUAAGAGUGCUGAACUAAAUAAAGUCUUUUGCUCUGUGUUGAAAUUGCAAAGGUGGUGGAGAGGUGCUAUGUUGCUAAAGUUAAGAACAAAGUCUGCAGUCAUUAUUCAGUCUCAUAUUCGAGGGUGGUUGGAUAGGCAAAAAGCUACUGGAGAGAAGCAAUGUAUUGUUGUAAUACAAUCAUGGUGGAGAGGUUACUUGGCAAGGAAAAAAGAGACAGGAGGUGAGCUACUGGAUUUGCGCUUGAGAGUGCAAAAGUCUGCUGCGAAUGUGGAUGAUAGCAUGCGCAUUAUUAACAGACUUGUGGCAGCACUUUCAGAACUACGAACAAUGAAAAGUGUCAGUGGCAUUCUUCAUACUUGUGUUACUUUGGACAAGGCUACACAACAUUCUCAUAAAUGUUGUGAGAAACUUGUGGAGGCAGGAGCUAUUAAAACUCUGCUGAAGCUUUUUCGGUCAGCCAGCCGAAGCAUACCUGAUCAGGAGGUUCUGAAGCACGUCCUCUCAACUCUAAGGAACCUUGCCCGCUAUCCACAUCUGGUUGAAGUGCUCGUUGAUAGUCCUGGGUCAGUAGAAACUGUUGUAGGGGAGUUCCUAAGGAACAAGGAGGAGGGUUAUUUCAUUGCUUCUGAGCUUCUGAAGAAGAUAUGCGCUAGUCGUAAAGGCGUUGAAGCUGUACGCAAAUCACCUGCCCUUUUGAAAAGGCUCCACAGUCUUGUUGAGGAACUUAGCAAGAAGGCCAACAAUGAGAAGAGGAACGCCCGAGUUACAGUUGGUAGAGAAUAUACAGAGAGAAGAUUAAAGGAGGCUGUUGAAAUUCUGAAACUGGCCACUGCAGGAGGGCUAGGUUUUUGAGUUUGCAGGCACUGUGUAAAAACCUUUGUUUUGUUAGGAUCUGAUGUGCAUAUUUGCAAUUGAAUUUACACGUUCAAUGGGGAAAAGAAGGGGUAAGGGCAGGGCAAUUUGAUUGCGUAGGGUAAGAACUUAUGACGUAUCUCAAAUUGAAUGCUUGGUUUUUACCACUGUACAAAGUUGGUGCAAUGUGAUGUUGAAA